AUGUCCUCGUCUUCGCCCAAGCAGCUGUUCCUGCUAGCCGACCACCUCAAGCUCUCCCUGCUCGAACGUCAGCGCGCCAUCUCACUCAACCUCGAACCGAGCAAACACGACGCCCACAUCUCCCGCUCUCUCGCCCAAUUGCAGGAAGGACUCGAAGCGCAAUCAGACGACACGGAAGGCUUGCGCCGGCUACGGCAACAAUACGCAGACCUCUAUGCACAAUUCCAUGGCUCCGCGCCCCCUUCACACUCCACACAGCAACCCAACGAUCCCGCCUUAGCAGAAGACUUCGCGGCCGCACGCUCCCAACCUUCAACGAAAUCUCCGCGAAACAAGAGCGUACGCUUCCGCGACGAUCCCGGUGAAGACGGAGAUGACGCCGUUGCGCAAGCAAAUCGCGCAAGCCUGUUCUCUGAUCAAGAACGCUAUCGCGACGAGCCCGCCGCACCAGACCAGACGUCAAUGGACAACCAGCAAAUACACGACUACCACCGACAAGUUCUGCAAGACCAGGACGAGCAGCUCGACAGCCUGGGGCAAAGCGUAGGCCGGCAACGAAUGCUGGGGAUACAGAUGGGGAAUGAAAUAGACGAGCAGAAUGUCAUGUUGGAAGAUGUGGAAGCAGGAGUGGACGGGCAUUCGAAUACGCUGGAUCGGGCACAGAGGAGGCUGACGAGCGUGUCGAGAAAGGCGAAAGCGAACUGGAAUUGGAUCACGAUUGCGAUAUUGGUUGUAAUAUUGUUGCUGGUAAUCAUCGUGUUGAAGUAG